AUGGCGGGGAUUGGUAUUCAGACUCAAAUUCGCCACAAUGCCGAGGAUAUCCGGAACUAUUUUGAGGACCUCAGGAAGUGGGAGAAAGAGAUGAAAGAGAAAGAGAGAAAGGAGCGCAAAACUCGACACACCCCCGAACCGGCUCUACCACAGACCUCACGGCUGUCUCAGCAAAAGAGUCUCGAGCGGCAGCCGUUGCCUGAGCAGCAGCUUUCAUAUCCGCGAGAAAGAAACCGGACGCUGGCCCGCGACGAGAACUCGUUACCCGCGUACUAUUCCGCGUGGGAUCGUUUCAAUGUGGACGAGGAACUCGAAAAAAUCGACAGGGAAGAUGUGAAAGAUCCUGGACUAAUUACUGCUUCCUCCAAGGCAGCACCACCGCAAAUUUCACGGCAUCUACCGAAGAUUGAAGAAAAUAAUCAAGUGUUACGGUCGAAGAUGAAGGUGCUGACGCGCGUCGGUCGACGCCGCGAUGCUGCACAUGACGCGGAGGCUCAAUCGGGGGCUUCUCCGCAGAGCGUUACCCUUGAACAAGGCACCCAGAUGCAACUGCUCGCCGAUGCUGUUGCCGAGGCGGAAGCCAACGUUAAGAAGGCGUUAGUUCUCAAUCUCAACGGCAUCGAACAAUUUCGACAAAAGAGCCUUCGCAGCGCUUCGCGAGCGUUUCAGCUGGCAUUCGCGGCAAUGGGGAAACCGCCUGUGUUUUGCGGUCCGCGAUCCGCUGGCUCCAAUCCACAGGCGUCGUCUGGUCCGAAGCCAGCAGUGUUUCGACAUUUUGCGAAGCUCCAGUCUGUGGUUUUGUCCAACGAUGGAUUUGCCCAGCUUGGACUAUCGCGAACUGCCACAGCUCUUGAGCGCACAAGGGAGGCGAAGAAACUGUGGCCGGAGAGCCCCUUCGUCGCCUUCUUAGAGGCCACGUGCUCACGGAAAGCUGGUGAUUAUGCUGCUGCGAUAGCAACACUCAGACGUUUGGAAGUGCAGAUGCGUCAAAGUCAACGUCCUCAGGAAACGAACCGAGCUCAACCGGCGUCGACUGGAGGUGACUUGGUGUCUGAAGACUCUUUUGCCGCUGCACUUCAGUCGCGAGGAACUACGGAGCUGCGAAAGCCAACAGGGGAGGAAGCUGCUGAAGUGUUGCAACACGACAGCCUCGACGCUUUUGAAACAGAGGACUUUGACGGCCUGAGCUCUGAAGUCGCGAUAUAUCACCCAGACAGCCCAGAGCAGAGGAACGCCUGUGGCACAGUUCACCAGCGAGGACGAAAGGAUUUUUCGUUGACAGGCGCGUCAAGCUCUCUGGAUGCUGAGAGCGAACCAAAAGCUCUUAAAGACCAGCAGAUCGAGAGUUGGAGUUUGAAUCCCGGCACCCAGGUGGCGAGCACUGGUGCAGAGCCUGCGCUUGCAACGCUGCGAGGUCGAGGGCCCACCACGAAAAUCAGUCUAGCUGAUCGGUUGAAAGCGGAUCUCGAGGAACUCCGAGCUCUGCAACGGGAACGGCAGCUCGUCGCCAGAAAGAUCCGACAGCGACGUUUCUACGAAGAGACGGUGGAAAUUCUAGACCGUAUGCAGAAGCUCCGAGAGGAGCAGAUUUCGCCACUUCCACGUGACAUCAACCGGAGCGGCAAGGUCAGCACACGGGCGCAGGGAGACGAGCGACAAACGGCGAAGGAUGACAGAAAGAAUGAGGUCGGGAAAACGGGAAAGAGGAAGUCUCGCGCUAACAUAGAUGCAAUUGCUCGGACCCUAGUCGCCACGCCGACGCGAAAUUUAAGUCUUCACCUCGUUGAACCAACGCAUGCUACGAGCGAAACCUCGACCGUUGCCUCGGCUCGUGCUGGAGCGGUUGAUCCGGCUGACGUUGGGGCGCGUGUUGUUGAAGCUAAAAGCGCCGGCGGGCCGGAGGCAUUCCCAAAAGGGAAAGUUGAAGAUGAAUCGCGGGCUCCGGUGCCAGGCACCCCCCAAACGCCGGGUGCGACAAUUCGUAGAGAAAGCGGGGAAGGACAAGCAAAAAGCUCCUCAAAAUCCGAAGAAGGGUUCAAAAGCAGAAUUCUCACUAGCGUAGGCGCUGGAGGGGCGAAUGAACCUCUCAGACAGGGCCCUUUGCCGGCACUUCCAAGUACAUCCCCGCUUCCAGUAACCUUCUUCUCCUUUGUCCAACAAUGGAAAGCAAAAUGCCGGCAUCAGGUGCAUUUCAACACUGAAGAGGGGGACGAUGGCUUACGUGAAUCCACAAAGCUAGCCAGUGCGUUAACAGCAGGGGCUUCGCCGGAGAACAGAGGAAGAGCGGCGUUUUCAAGUGUCCAGCCUGACGACGGCAGCGAGGAACAGGUUAUAUCGACGCAGCCUCCCCGCACCGCAGAGCCCGUCCUGAUGGAGGAAAGCGCAUCGCGGUCAUCAGCCAAGUGUAAGGCAAAAGCCACCAUGGGGAGGAAGGUGUGCCCCAUCUGUACAGUCGAGAAAGGUAUCUUGCUUGAGCGCCUGGCAACUUCAGGUGUGAUCGGGCGGCUUUUCGGUGCCUCUCUUGAGGCGGAUAUCCUCGCAGAGAUACUUGGUGUUUUGCUAGAUCUACUCGCCGCCUCCGAAAAUUCCGCAUCUGCGGAAUGCACAGCAGUAUCUGGAGACUUCACUACCUGCGACGAAAUGAAUGCGACGAGGACAACGGUGGCUGGAUCCCCGAACUGGUCUCUUUCGCGGGUAAAACAAGUCAUUGCAGAAGUCCUGACCCAGUUAUGCGACGGUCAGACCCGUUUCUGGUCGCUGCUUUACCAGUUGGAGCCUGACGAGCUCGAGAGCCUGAAGAAGGCGAUCGGCCUGUUUGUGGAUGACGUGGCAGCAGAAAAGGCUGCGGGAAAAUAUCACGAAUCCUCAGCUUUCUCGAAGGAACCUGCUCUCUCAGAACAAACGCCCCGCACGAAUCCCAAGAGCUCCGCUCAAAAGCAAAAGCUGCUGGAACAGAUUCAUCACCGUCUCGCGAGCUGGACGUGCUCCUGA